AUGAACCACGACGACAAAGUCACCAUGGACCUGGUUCCACCAUCUGAACACCUCUGCUACGUUCGUUGCAACUUCUGCAACACUGUCCUCGCGGUUGGUAUCCCAUGCAAGAGGCUGUUAGACACAGUGACAGUGAAAUGUGGCCACUGCAGCAACCUCUCCUUUCUGAGCACCAGACCCCCAAAUUCUCAAAACCAAAGCAUUGAUCACACCCUCAGUCUCCAGGGAUUUUACAGUAAUGCCAAAAAGGGACAAGCAUCGUCUUCAUCCUCCUCACCAACCACAUCCAACGAGUCAGUGUCCCCAAAAGCAGCAUCAUUUGUGGUGAAACCACCUGAGAAAAAGCACCGUCUCCCAUCUGCUUACAACCGUUUCAUGAAAGAGGAGAUACAGCGCAUCAAAGCAGCAAACCCUGAGAUCCCACAUCGAGAAGCUUUCAGCGCUGCAGCGAAAAAUUGGGCAAGGUUCAUUCCAAAUUCACCAACCAGUUCAGUUUCUGCAAGCAAAGUUAAUGCCGAUUGA